UGUGUUAUAUUAUUAAGAACGUGAUAUUUGUCACUGUUUAGACGCAGUUCAAUCAUUCUGUGGUUUUCUUUCGCAUAAAUAUGCAUUUCGCUCGCUGCCACUGAUUAAAUACCGUUGUUUUGAGUGUGCGAUAACAUUGAAUAAAAGUGUGGUUUUUAGAAAGGCAUAAUGAAUUAUAAUCGGGAUUUUGGUGGCGGCAGAAGGGCGGUCGGCGGGCGCCCGCUGCCGACCGAGCCCCCAUACAAAGCGUACGUUGGAAAUUUACCUGGCGGUAUCAUUCAAGGCGAUAUAAACAGAAUUUUUCCGGAUUUGGCAAUAAAAAAUGUACGAUUGGUUAUGGACAAAGAGACAGAUAAAUUCAAAGGGUUCUGCUACGUAGAAUUUGAAUAUUUGGAUGAUCUUGUUAAAGCCAUUGAAAUGAAUGGCGCUAUUAAUGUAGAGGGUAAUAUUAUCAAAAUUGAUGUGGCCGAAGAAAAAAGAAGUGGCGGCGGCGGAGGCUUCGACCGCGGCCGGCGGGACGGGCGAGACGGGCGCGACGGCGGGCGGGAGGGCCGCGGCGGCGGGUUCCGGCGCGAGGCCGGCGGCCGCGGUAUGUACGACCACUUCGACGGGAACGACCGCCGGGGACCGCGCCACCAGGGUGGAGGUUUCACACAUGACCGCGAGCGAGGAGGCGGCGGCGCGGGGGGCGCGGGCGGGGCGGGCGGCGAGCGGUGGGAGCGCGAGGCGGCGCGCGAGGCGGGGCGCGGCUCGCGCGGCGCGUCGGAGGAGCCCCGCGCCGAGUGGGGCGCGCCGCGCCGGCCCGGGCCCGGGGCGCCGCCCGCGCGCGCGCCGCCCGCCGGCCAGGGCCCUCCGCGGCGCAACUACGAUGAUAUGCCCCCUUCGCGACCCGACACAACGGGCAGACCAAAGCUGGUGCUACAGCCGCGCACGGUGAAGGAGCCCGUGAACUCGCUGGCGUCCACCUCGCAGACGUCGUCGAUAUUCGGCGGCGCCCGGCCCCGGGAAGAACGGCUCAAAGAGCUCACCCGCGCCGACUAAACCUCACUGUACAUGUAUAACCCUGCCCUAAUACGUGCUCCCCUAGUGCAGACUCAAAUUGUAUAUGAACUCGAUGGGUUUCGUUAGGUUAUGAGGUUGUAAAUCGUUUUUUAUCGUAUAUUUUGUUAGCUUUAUUACGUGUAUUUGAGCUUGUUGAUGCCGGUUAGUUUCGCAGUAUUUAAAUUGCUAGCAUUUGUUUCCCAAAUUGUCAGGGCUUGUGUGUACGAUAUAGGCUUGCAUAAUAACUUGUCUCUAAAUUAAAAACCAUUUGGUUUACAGUUACAAAUUGUAAUGCAGAUAAUAAUUAUUAUUUUUACUGUAUGUGGCUAUUUUAGGGGUUCGUAAAUGAUUCUCUGUUGUAAUUGUUUAUCAUUUAUUGAUUGUUUAGUUUGAUAGGUCAUGAAAAUAAAUCAUUGAAGGAGUAAUUAUGAACAUAAUUUAAGAGUUGAUAUGUGGUGAUGUAAUUACGGAUUCAUUAAUAAAAUUAACUUCCACGUACUUGGAUUUCUACUUUAUUAGAUAUUGUGUAAUGUAAUGAGUUACGUGGCAAAGUAAAUAAAAAAAAAUCGCAAAAUUGUAACAACAUAGAAAAAAAAUAAAUAAAACAUGAAUUCUUUGUAA